AUGGGAACGAGUUUAAAAGGUGACCCGGCCGGCUUCAGAUGAUCUUUGAGGUUCCAGUUGGGCACGUUUUCAGAUAAUAGUGAGAAUCAAGUGAAUGGAGCGAUCGAACUGGCGAACGGAUUCCGAAUUGUCGACUACAAAGUGGUCAAGUUCAUCGCCAAAGGAGCGUUCGGCGCCGUUUAUCAGGUAAAAGUUGCAGAGAUUCACCGAGCGCCCAGAUUACAGGUCGAUCACAUCAAUACUCUCUCGUUCGCGCUCAAAAUCGAAAACCGGAAAGCCGACGUGAAGAAUCUGAAGAUGGAGGCCGUCGUGCUCAAGUUCCAGCCGUUCCAGAAGCUUCCCCAACAAUCCGGCUGUUUUCAGAGACCUCGCGCCCCUUCGUUCUUCCAAUUUCUGCCGUGUCUACUUCUCCGGACGCGCCGAAACGUUCAACUUUAUCAUAAUGACGCUGGUCGGAAAGAAUCUGAACGAGCUGAGAGCCAAUUGUGCGCAUCAGAAGUUCUCGAAGAGCACCGGCCUUCAGACGGCCAUUCAAGUCGUCAGCGUCGUUCAGAAACUUCAUUCCAUCGGCUACAUCCAUCGCGACGUCAAGCCGGCCAACUUCUGCGUGAGCCUCGAGGACGCCCGCCAACUGGUCAUGGUCGACUUUGGAAUGUGUCGGAAGUACGUGUCGAACGGCCAGCUCAGACAUCCGAGAUGGUUCGUUCGUGGCUUCAAAGGGACCGUCCGGUACGCUUCGUUGGCCGCCCAUCACGGAAGAGAAACGAGCAGGAAGGAUGACUUGGAGUCGGCGUUCUACUUGAUCGUAGGAGACAUCUGGAAGUGAAGUGAAUCGAGUGAUCAGAUGAUGUUUAGGUGGAGCUGCUCGUCGGAACGCUUCCGUGGAUGACAAUGGAAGAUCCGAUCCACGCGGAGCACGCCAAACAGAUCGCCAGAACCACCAGUGAGCCGCGGGGGUCCGAUUUGUAAUCCAACGUACCCCCCAGAUCUUCGCGAGUUUCUGUCCGGCUGCCCGAAAGAGCUCAUCCACGUCCUUAUGUACAUCGACAGUCUCAACUUUUACGAUGCUCCGGAUUACGCGCUCAUUCGUGGCCUUUUGAAGUCGGUUUCCAACGGAUUUUCUGAAAAUUUUCGGUUUUUUUUUCAGCCGCGCUCUGGAAAAAGCGCCGAAGGAGAGCGCGUUCGAGUGGGAGGAAGAGAUGAAGAAUGAGAGAAAGUCGAGAGAAACGUUGAGAUCAAAAGAGGAAGUUGAACUGGAGGACGGCUGA